UACCCACACUCACUAAGGGCUCAGGUCACAAGAGAUGAAGGUCGCGGUGUUGUUCCUGUUCGGUGUGGCUCUUGCCUCCGCCAGUCCUGCCUUCAAGGACUUCAAGGGUAAGUUUGGCAGGAAGUACGUGGAUUUAGAGGAGGAGCGCUACCGCCUCAACGUCUUCUUGGAUAACCUUCAGUACAUCGAGGAGUUCAACAAGAAGUAUGAGAGGGGCGAGGUCACCUACAACCUGGCUAUCAACCAGUUCAGUGACAUGACCAAUGAUGAGUUCAACUCCAUGAUGAAGGGUUACAAGACGUCUCUUCGCCCUAAGCCCGUAGCAGUGUUCACCUCUACAGACGCAGCCCCUGAGACAACGGAGGUGGAUUGGCGCACCCAAGGUGCCGUAACCCCUGUCAAGGACCAGGGACAGUGUGGCUCCUGCUGGGCUUUCUCUACGACCGGCUCCCUGGAGGGCCAGCACUUCCUCAAGAACGGGGAGCUGGUGAGUCUCUCAGAACAGCAACUCGUCGACUGCGCUGGCGGCAUUUACUUUAACCAGGGAUGUAAUGGUGGCUGGGUGAACCAAGCUUUCAAAUACAUCAAGCACAAUGGUGGUGUUGACACAGAGGCUUCCUACCCUUACGAAGCUCGGGACAACACCUGCCGGUUCAACUCUAACUCAGUCGGAGCCACAUGCACUGGCUUUGUGAGCAUCGCCCAGGGCAGCGAGAGCGCUCUGAUGACAGCCACCAGGGACAUCGGUCCCAUCUCUGUUGCCAUUGAUGCCUCCCACAGGAGCUUCCAGUCCUACAGCAGCGGUGUCUACUAUGAGCCCUCUUGCUCAUCAUCCCAGCUUGACCACGCUGUGCUGGCAGUUGGCUACGGCUCGGAAGGCGGCCAAGACUUCUGGCUCGUCAAGAACUCUUGGAGCACCAGCUGGGGUGAGAAUGGGUACAUCAAUAUGGCUCGCAACAGGAACAACAACUGCGGUAUCGCCACCGAUGCUUCUUACCCGACCGUCUAGAUGUCAUGGCACUGCAGACCACUAUACCAGAGCGAAUGGUGGCGGCUGGAGCUGCUCCGUGACAUGAGACGCCUAACAUGAACAGUCUACAUCAACUCGUUACCCUUUGUUGGUGUUAAUAUGUUAAAAUAUAAUAAUUUUGUUUUGUUUUAAGAAUAAAGACAGUUCAGCAAGAAUUA